AUGUUUACCAGUACGGGGAAAACGGCGCCGCCGCAGGCGUUCAUGUCCAGCUAUGCACCGCGACUGCGAUCCCAUGGGAAUUCUCUUAUGUCGCCCAUCGUCCCGGCUUCAAAUACAUUGCCUGCGCCGCGUGUGACGAAGCGUGGAACUGCCGUCAUGAGCUAUGCAGAAGAUGCCUACGAUGAUGACGACUUUGAAGACAGUGAUCGGCCGCGGCGCGCCACCGGCCUGCGCAGCAUCCAACGAGAGGACCCCUCAAACAUGGAUAAGGCGGCGCAGAUAGCAGCGUUGGGCGAAGAAUUGGUGGCCCCCAUCGACAUACAAGGCAUAUGGCGAGACUGGAUGGGCAGGCCCAAGCGGACCCUCACAGAAAAGCAGGUCCAAACACAGUCAGUCCUCCCUGUGACUUUGAUUCCUAUACGGAUAGACAUGGACAUCCAAUCCUUCCGGCCAGAAGCCCCACUUCCCACGCCCUCAAAUGCACGAGAAUUCGGCAUCAACGAAGCCUUACCUGCGUACAAACAACCAGAUGUGACACCAGCCUACAGGCUAAAGGAUACAUUUCUCUGGAAUCUCCACGAAGCUUUGACAACGCCAGAUCAGUUUGCGAAGCAGUUUGUGGACGAACUUGACCUCCCCAUCGACCGAAAACCCCAUUUAAUCCUAAAUAUUGCCAAUCAAAUUCGCCAACAACUAGAGGAAUAUGCUGGUGUUGCACUGCAUCCCCUCUUCCACUCGACCGCGGCCCCGGCUGUUCAAGGAACAACUGCGAAACCCGUACUUGCUGCCUUGUCUCGCGCUGGCACUUCGACACCGAUGCCUUCUGCGACUAAUGGCGCAUUGACUCCUGUCACGAACGGUGGAACGCAUGCUGAGGGUGCGCAAACACCAAACGGCGCAACGAAGGGUGCAACCAAUGGCGCCGCGAAUGGCAUACCGAACGGUAUCAGUGCUACCGCUGCUGCAUUACCCUCUGAAGAGCUACAUAACCCAGAUGAUACAUACCGUUGCAUCGUCACGCUAAAUAUUAACCUCAUGAAUCGACUGUAUACGGAUAAAUUCGAAUGGUCCUUGUUACAUCCUCCAGGCUUUGCUGAAAUGUUCGCCAAGACAACAUGCGCUGAUAUCGGCCUAUCCGGAGAAUGGGUUGCAGCGAUGACUCACGCCAUUUACGAGGCAGUCUUGAGACUAAAAAAAGAAGCUUGCGAAAAUGGCGGUCUGGUUGGUGAUGGAGAAAUUGACAACGAUGCCGUGGAACCAGCGAUCGGCGCGGGUUGGCGAUACGAUCAGGAGCACUUGUGUGACGAAUGGGAACCCAAAGUCGAGAUUUUGUCACCAGAGGAAAUUGAGAAGCGCGAGGGUGAUCGUGAGAGACAGAUUCGAAGGCUUCGCCGGGAAACAGCGCGCUUUUCUUCGACUACAAACAUGACGGGUACACCAGCAAACGAGUUUUUCAACAAUGUUGAGCAGCAAGAAAAUAUGGGCCGUGGUGAACGCAGCAAGAAAAAGAGGAGAUUUAGGAGUUUGAGUCCUGUCGGGCGAAGCACCCCUGGAGCCGGAUCUGGCUACGGUGGGCAGGACGGAGGGCUGCAAGAAGGCUCGACAGCGAACGGCAAACAUGGCGGUGUGCACACUGCUAUGUCUGGGGCACUGCUGUUUGGGCCGUCCGAGACGGCCCUCGGGGUCCAAGAACUUUGUGCCACAAUUGUGGUUACCUCUAUGAGCGAGACAAGAAGCUUCCGCCAUGGUCAGAGAAUCUAUUCUAUCACGAGCGACCGUCGCACGAAAUUCGGCAACCCUAUCAGGCACGCGGAUAGCUUCCGCGAGUGCGGUGACUGCCUUUCGGUGGCGAUGUUCGAAGACGCAGCCCGACUAGCCGUUAAAGCUACCCUUGCGACUGGCGGAAUCAUGGCGUUUCGGGUGCAGCUUGCAUAUUGGCUAUCGUCAGGCUGUUGGAACUCCUGUUUCCGAUUUCAACCCACUGGAGGAGACGAUUCCUGGGUGACUCAGACAGCCGCUGUGCUCUCAAUGAACAUGAUCUUGCUCAUCAAACACAUUCUCGACAUUAUGGGUGGUUUGCCGCUAGCGCCAGCUUUCUCAUUGUUCAUCGGCUUCUCCUGUGAGAACUCUGAGCUCGAGCCUUCUCGGAGCCACUCCACUCUCGAUCUCAUACUCUAUUAUGAUUCUUUCUGGUUCCGCUCUGGCUACGAAUACCUGAAAGGCGACUAUUCUGUAGGCAAGGAGAUAGCCGUUGGUGUAAAAGGCGCCUGUAGGAUUGGAGCAGAAGAAAGCCCAACACAAUUACUGCUAUUCAAUCUUAUCAACAGAAUAUAG